UAUCACGUGACCUGAGCCCGCGGAAUUUCAAAUCCAACAUGGCGGUGAAACUGAGAUCUAAAUGUUUAUCUGAAUAUCAUGCAAAAGCUGAAGCUAUCUGUAUUCAUUGUGCCUGAAUAUUUAACGUCCGUCAUUGCCAUUUGUAAAGCUGUUACUCUAGUCAAUAUACAGGAGUUCUUUGUGCAGAGUUUGGAGUUUUUCGUUUGCGGCUCGUCAUGACAUCAUCAUCACCAGUCGAGACGUAUCGCCCAAAACAUCAACAUGGAGAAAACAUUGAACACCUUUAUGCUACUAUCGAAAAGUACACUACAGCAAGUAACUCCAAUGAAAAACUUGAAUUACUGCAAAUAUUAAGCAACCACUUACUGCCUCAACUUGGCUUGGCUGACUUAGAGGCUCAUUACCUGGCAAAGGUUGUUCCACAGGUGUUUGAUAGCAUUGUGGAUUACUUGCAUAGUGUAUCAAGUCUACUAUCAACGCUAGAGACUUGCGAGGAUAAGGAAUCAGUUUUAUUGGAAAUACAAGCAAUCUUACAGGCUGCAAAAGUCUGUAUUGAGUGGCUUGAGAUGUGCGUUGUUCAUGUUAGCACAUUUACUGCCGAGUUGUCAAUCACAGACAUGCACUCUUUGUCACCAUCUGUCCUGAAGGUUGCGAAGUAUGCUUAUGAACACUGCCAGCAAAGUGAAGUACUGUAUGGAACAUUUCUCCAACGUUUCUCUGAAGAGCUUUCUGCUAUAUUCAAAAAAGCUUAUCAGCUGCAGAAGGCUUUGAUGGAGCUUGUUGACAAAAUACAGUUAAACCCAAGUUCAGAAGAAAGUGAAAUUAUGGAUCUAACAGAAGUGUGUCUCCUGUUGCUACAGAUCUGUGGCGUCAGAAGUAUAGACACUAACAUCCUAGUCAAUACUUGGAAGAUCCUGACCAGGCUGGUUAUCAAGCACAUGGAGUUACUAAAGAACCAUAUCGACAUAGAUAAAAUUGUAAGAGAGCUUUGUGUAGCGUUGGAAGCUGAACUAAAUAGCUGCCAUCAACUUGUAUCCCUGCAGUCUGCUUCAGGUGGAAAGGAUAAAAUCAUGUCUAAGAAGAUCAAAGUCCUACGAUUCCUUAUUGGAAACCUUAUGAACCUUGUCAAGGAAUACUUUGACUUCAUUGAUGGAUGCCUUCCUGAUGUGUUGUACCUGCUUGUAACUCUUGAAAGCGAUAAUACACACAAAGUACCUUCUUCAGACCUUCGAGAAAUCAUGUCUUCUGUGAAGAUAGUUGUCGAGCCUCUUGUUAAAGUCCUUAUCAACAACAAGACAUUUGCCAAGCUUGCAACAAGUUUGGAAGAAGUUCACAGGAACAAGCUCGAACCAUUCGGUUUCUGCCAAGUCUUGCUCCACGUAGCGAAUGCGUUAUCAACCGAGAAAGUUGAAGUUGUCUCGAGGUGGAUGUCAAUGACAGAUAAUCUAGAGGAGCGAUCUCCGUUGCUACAAGCUAUUAUGGAAACUCUACAAAAAUGCUCUGUGGAACUUGUUUUACCAGUUUACGUGGACGGUGUGAUGUGUCAAGGAAAACCUUUGCGCCAAGUCAGCUUCUACGAGUUCGUCUGUACUAGACUGUGUACACUAAUCGCAACAGCCCCGAGUUCCUGCUUCCACGCUAUUGAAAGCUGCCUGGUAGAUGGUCUUUUGAGUGAUGACAUGCUGGUCGAAUUGGUAUCUAGCGACCUAUGGACAUUCAUGGCCAGAUGGGAGAGUGCCGACCUGUGUAGGAGUCACGUGGUAUUCCUCUGUAACCUUUUUGUCGAAAUUCCGCGUGGAUGUUCAGCGAAGAUUUACGUCUCUCAACUCGUUAGGCGCUUAGUGCCGCUAAUGGCGAAAGAGCACCAGGAAAGUCUACUUGCUGUGUUCCCACCAGGCAAUGCAGAAAAUGUGCUUAUCUGGUCAGUUUUACCCAUAGACCUCCUACCAGACUCAGCACAGGUCAAGGUGUGUCGUGGUGCUACCCCUCUUUGUAUCAAGCUCUUGGGUGACCUACACGAUGAGGAUGCCUUGGAACAGAACCUUCAUCUUUUUGCGUGCCUGCGUUCCGUGUACAGCGUGCAUUCCGCACACAAAAUCCUCCCUCCUGUCAAUCAUGUUGGUGUGCUGGACAUCGUCAACAGACUGUGGGCUCAGUACACGCAAGGCGAUGUGAAGGGCAGCGUGGCGUUGUGGUGCGAAGUCCUUGACUUGACGACCCUUCUCUUGACUCAAGUGCAGCCGUCGGACUACGCCCAGAUUCUCAGAGGCUUGAAUCAAUUACUUGAGCAAUUUCCUAGUCUGGAUAUAAAGACAAGUGUGGGUCUAACCCUUGGAUGCUGCGGAACAAUACACGUCACGAAGGAUAUUGAAACGGAAGUAUUCAGUAGCAUCGCCAGGCUCUUUUGUAGACUCAUCUCUGACUCGCACUGGAUGGCUCAUAACACCGCCCUACAAGCAGUCAAAGCAUUCGUAGAGGUGACACCCUAUACGCACAUCAUGAGUGACUGCGUCCCUGAGCCUCUUCUACCUCUCCUCUCAGAUUUCCUCAAUCAGACACCGUAUCAGCAGGAGCAGCUAUCGGGUGACACUACCGUGCGUGACAGAACAAUUCUCACGCAACAGCGAGAGUCGAGCUCUCGAUACAAAGAGCAUACACAUGUGACGUUAGCGUCACGCGACUGCGCUCAGGAAUCUACUGGAGACACUGGAACAGAGGGACCGCUGGAGCCCGCUACCAAGAGAACAAGAUUAGAAGAAAACCCUACAAAUGAUGGCGAGUACACUAAGAUUAUUCAGCCAAUCAGAGCUCAACUAAACACAUUAUGCCACAUGACUUCUAAGUCCACCCCUAGUAUGUCUGUUAUACAAGAACUGGUGGAAAUACGAAGUACCCUUGACUUUGUGAUAAACCGUGCAAGGCCUGGUGACUAGACUUCCUUAUAAGGUAUUAAAUCUUAAUCAAGUAAUCAAUACGUCAUGGGACCACUGACUCCGCCUCCCACAAGUCUGUUGUACAAGAACUGAUGGAAGUACAGAAUUCCCUCGACUUGGUGAUAGACCGUGCAAGGCCUGGUAACUGGAUUUCCUAAUAAGUUUAGAAUCUUAACCAAAUAAACAAAUUACGUCACGUGACCACUGACUCCGCCUCCCAACAGUCUCUUAAACAAGAACUAAUGGAAGUGCGGAUACCCUCGACUUGGUGAUACAUGUCCUGGUGACUAGACCACCUUAUAAGGUGUUGAACUGUGAACUUGCGGAAUUGGUUCAGAAAGCCUAAAAAUGAACUGAUGACUGACAUACCAUAAUACACUCUUUUUUUUAUAAGAACCUCUUUUAUAAGAAUGUCCAGCCUAAGAUUUCAGUAAAUAUUUCAGAACAUACCAAGAACAUGCCGAGGCUCAGAUAGAAGAAAUUUUUUUCAGUUUUAGUCCUGAUGCGUUCUAAAAUGCAGAAUCAAAUUGUGCCCAUAUCAACAACCUUAUUAUUGCUUUUUAUCAUUAGUACAAUUCUCUUCCUAAUAAUUCAUUAAUUCUUUAUAUACACUAAAAUUUAAGAACAUCGUUAAGAACAUAUUCAGCCAAAAAUAAGAACGGCACCAGCCUCAACUGAAAAUUAGAUGCUCUUAUAUAUAAAUUAGUGUAUUAAAUAUUUCAACAACCACAUUAGAUGUGUAACGCAGGCCCGUACCCAUCAAUAACAUCUCGUGGCAAUACUGCAAAGGCAUAAAAGAAAUCCUUUUUUUU